CAUAUAAAGCGGCGGUUUAAAGUUAGUUCCCUGUUGCUCUAAAGUUAUAUUUAUAUAUAUAUAAAUGAUAACAAUUAACAGGUAGGUAAUGAAAUAAUAUCGAUCUAAGCAAACUCAAGCAUCGAAGUCAAAGCUCCAGGAACAACUUUUCGCCCCUGCCGAAAGACCAUUAUAAAAGCUGUUAAAGCAUUACGAAUCUUUAGUGUCCAACCAGACUAAUAAUUAUGACAGACCUGAAUUUCUAAUAGUUCGUAAAAUAUGCAGGUAACAAACCUACCUAUGUAUGGGCGGCUAACUUCGGGCGAAAAGAACUACCCCGCAAUUUAAUAUCGUGAUUUAUGUCCUCCUACCUACACGUAGUUAACACGAAGGUUUACGUACUAUCGUGAUAUUUCCUACGUAUCGGUCAAGUCCUAGCUAUGGCGAACCAGCUUCCAUCCAAUAUAUUAAUCAUUGGGGCGACAGGUACUAUUGGUAAAUACAUUACCGAGGCUAUACUCUCAGCCGACCCUCGCGUUGGUCGUCAAGUUUCCAUCUUCACGUCGCCUGCCACGGCAUCCAACCCAAACAAGGAGGCCAUACUAUCGUCAUGGAAGUCUCGGGGGUUGUCAAUCAUCACAGGCGAUCUUAGCAACGCUGAUGAUAUUCGAAAUGCCUACAAUGGCGUAGAUACGGUUGUCUCGUGCUUGGGAAGAAAUGCACUAGCUAGUCAAAUUGAACUGCUAAAGCUUGCGGAAGAGAGCAACGUGCAGUGGUUUUUCCCUAGCGAAUAUGGCACGGAUAUCGAAUACGAUGCUUCUAGUAAAAAUGAAAAGCCGCACCAGAACAAGCUGAGAGUACGAGAAUUUGUCCGUGAGAAUUUGAAGAAAGUCAAGUGCACUUACGUUGUAACUGGUCCGUAUAUCGAGAUGUAUUUGAGACUUGCGCCAAUAGCCAAAGAGGCCGGAGGUUACGAUGCCAAGUCGAAGAAGGCUGUUGUCAUUGGAAGCGGAGACGGCAAGGUUGGCUUCACAAGCAUGCCCGACGUUGGUAAGCUGGUGGUUGCGGCUCUCCGGCACCCCGAGGUAUCGAUGGGGAAAGUCCUCAAAGUCCAAUCGUUUGUUACGACACCGAACGAUAUCGUGGCAGAAUUUGAGAAGCAGACUGGGUCAAAGUGGACGGUCGACCAUACACCAAAUCAAAAGCUUCGCGAGAUCGAGAAUGAAAAAUGGAAUGCCAACGAUCCGAUUGCAACGCUGUACACGCUGAGACGUAUCUGGGCUGAAGGCGGUACACUAUAUGACAAGACUGAUAAUGAGAUAUUGGGUCUUACAUCGGGAGACAUGGAGCCAUUGAGUACUGUUGUGGAGAGGGCUAUUAGCGGGAAAGGAUAUUGAGGUCUGUUCUACAUGGGGGUAAAUUAUUCUCAUGCUUGCCCAUGGUUGAUUAUCUUAUAGAUAUUUCCUAGUUAUAGAUAUCCUAUAGAUAACCAGAACGCGGCAGGACAAAUAUAUAGCACAUCAUUCAUUCAGAUAUUACUAGGUAUCUGGGUGCCUAAAUAUACGUCUCUCACCAUA